GUGGCCGCAAACAUGUAGGCAAGUACGUUAGCUGUGUAAGGAUUUUAUUGAAAAUAAGUUAUUAUUUCAAAAAUCAAUGUGAAAAGUGAUUAAUUCUAACAGAUGAAUUGUGAUUUACCGGAAUCGCCGAGGACGACUACCUUUACUUUCUCAAUUGCAGCCAUUCACAGAUAAAACAUGACGGAGGAGCGGUAUGUCACCGAAGUCCCUAGUAGCUUGAAGCAGUUAGCCCGACUCGUAGUUAGGGGAUUUUACACAAUUGAAGAUGCCUUAAUAGUGGACAUGUUGGUCAGAAAUCCAUGUAUGAAAGAAGACGAUAUUUGUGAACUGUUGAAAUUUGAACGCAAAAUGUUGAGGGCUAGAAUAGCAACUUUAAAAAAUGACAAAUUUAUUCAAGUGAGAUUAAAAAUGGAAACGGGUCCUGAUGGCAAGGCACAAAAAGUGAAUUAUUAUUUUAUCAACUACAAAACGUUCGUAAACGUCGUGAAGUAUAAAUUAGAUCUAAUGCGCAAACGGAUGGAGACAGAGGAACGUGACGCGACGAGUCGCGCCAGUUUCAAGUGUCCGUCUUGCAGUAAGACUUUUACUGAUCUUGAGGCUGACCAGCUAUAUGAUAUGAUGACCCAAGAAUUUAGAUGUACGUUCUGCAACCAAGUUGUAGAAGAAGACCAAUCGGCUCUCCCGAAGAAAGACUCUCGACUAUUGCUUGCUAAAUUCAAUGAACAGUUGGAAACUCUAUACAUUCUCCUGCGGGAAGUUGAGGGUAUUAAGUUAGCUCCAGAGAUAUUGGAACCAGAGCCAGUGGAUAUCAACACUAUUCGAGGACUCACAAACAAACAACAGAACCGUCCAGCCGGCGAGCAAUGGUCCGGCGAGGCCACUCGUAACCAAGGCCUUGCGGUGGAAGAGACGCGAGUGGACAUCACUAUUGGGGACACGGAUAACGCGGUGGAUGCCACCACGCUGAGGAAGGAACGCCCUGUAUGGAUGGUGGAGAGCACUAUUGCCGCUAAUGACCAGAGCGAUAGUGUGCACUCAACGGAUAUGGCUUUGGAGAAAGCUGCGAGUACUGCUAGCAACGCGAAGAGCACUGGCAAAGAGAAAACUGAUGACAUCAUGUCUGUACUACUUGCCCACGAAAAGCAAAAUCCAGCAAAUACCACUGCGCAUUCUCUCAAAGGGACAGAACAAGAUAGUGGAUCAGAUUCAAGUGAUAAUGAAUCCAAGGAUCCAUAUAAACUUAAAGAUGAACUGGCUGCUGUGGCUGAAAUGGAAAGCGAAGAUUCAGAAUCAGACGACAAUGUUCCAACUGUGCUAGUGAAUGGUAAGCCAGUAGCGCUAACUAGUAUAGAUGAUGACGUCAUCGCGACUAUGACUCCAUCCGAGAAAGAAACUUAUAUCCAAGUGUAUCAAGAAUACUACAGUCAUAUGUAUGAUUAGAUAAGAUAUAAAUGAAAUAAAUGUUCAUCAUGUGUAAA